CAGAAGUCAAGCUGUCCCUCAUUACUGCAUGGAACUGCCUAUUAUUCAUAGUCUUGGCCCUAUUAUUGGGUCAAGUUUCAAAACUAUUAACCAUAAAAUGAUAAAAUCCAUAGGUAGUACUUCAGUCUUCUUCACACACAAGUGGUUCUGAUCUUGUUCUUUCACCCCAUGAAAGAAUCGCUGAGAGCAAUGACUAAGAACUCUUCUGCAAUGACCACCUCUUCACAAAGAUGGCACAGGCUUCUCAUGUUUUUCUUCUUUUACACCACCUUUUCUUUGAACUCUGUCUCAUCCUCCUUAACUCAGCUCCCUAAUUACGACGAUCAUUGUUCUUCAACCGUCCAUGGAUCGCACCAUAACAAAGCUCGGCUCCCAAACUUUCCCAUUGCUCGAUCCCACAAUGGCUACUAUACUGGUGGCAAUCCAGUUUUGAACCCGAACCCGAACACGUUUGUGUACGAAUCGACUUUCUCAAACUCCUUGCUACUUCGCACCUUGGCUGUAUUUGAUACUGAUAUCCCAGACUUAUUCAAGUUUGAAGGGCGCUUAGCCUUUCAAAGCGCGAAUAAGUACAACUGCGAGAAAGAUUUGUCGUGUAGCUCUCAUGACAGAAGUUCGAUAAGUUUUGAAAUGGAGGGAUUCUGGUCAAAAUCAAAAGGGAAGCUUUGUAUGGUUGGGUCGGCUUAUGCUUACACUGAGGAAGGUAAUUUGCUUACUCUUUCUGCUGUUCUCAAACUCGAUAAUCUCACAAAUUCAACUAGUAUUACUAGUUUGAUUACUGGGACUUUAGAGACUCUGAGUUCUACCAACGAUCCAGCCUAUUUUGGACCAAUUUCCAUGUUGAUACUUCCUCAAGUGAAUUACAAAUACGCUCCAGUUUCUGAAAAUGGCAUAAAAGGAUGUUCGGGUGGAAGUGAGAGUCCACGAGGUACGUCACUUAGUUCUUUUCGAAAAGGAACGUUCUGUUCGAUAGCCUCAAGCUGGGAAGUCAAUCAAUUUAAUUUGAGAUAUGCCUCAGAAUGCAACUCUGCAAAGAGCUGCAAUCCAUUUAUUGCAGGCAUCAGAUAUGUGCCUCGUGUCGUUUCUUUGCAUGGAAUUGUGUGCUCUGAGGACACAGAAAGGAUGCGAGUUCUGGUGGAGUUUUCCAACGAUAGCUACGUUGAUUAUUACCGGAGUUUCAAACCCGAAACGACUCUGGUUGGAGAAGGAUCAUGGGAAGAGAGCAAGCAUCAGCUUUGUAUUGUUGCUUGCCAAUUUUUGGGCUUCAACGAAUCUUUUGCGAAUGCCCGUGUGGGUGAUUGUUCAACAAGAUUGAGCUUCAGGUUUCCUGCAAUCUGGUCAAUCAAAGAUGCUAGUAACAUUGCGGGGCAGGUUUGGACAAACAAAACCUUGAAAGAGUUGGGUUACUUCGACAGGAUCAUGCUUCGAAGCUCUCGAAAUUAUAGGGUUGCGGUUCCUGACUUGAAGUAUAAUUAUACCAAAAUUAAUACUGCCAUGAAGUUGUGCCCCAAGUCUGAGAAACCUGCUAAAGCAAAUAGGGAAAGAUACCCAAGAGGGCACUCUGAUGUCAUGAGAUUCCACAUCUCGGUGAAAAAUUCUACAGGUAAAGUUGCAUGGGGUAAUUCAGUUCCCAUGUCCAUUGGCGAUCAGUUAUACUACUCAAGAUCCGAAGGCUUUGUAGUGCCAGCAAGUUCCAGCAGCCGUGGCUCAGUCAAUAUCAGCUGCCGUAUAGGCCUUAGUUCAACCACUGGCUUCUCUCCCUUCAACAGUACAUCUUCAACAUCAUACGAGAUGUUGGAGAUUUUAGCUGAAGGCACGUACGAUGAUGAAACCGGAAGCAUGUGUAUGGUAGGCUGCCGAAAUCUUGGCUCAGAAAAUCAAAUACCAAGAGCUGGUUCUUGGGAUUGUGAGAUUCUAGUCAAAUUUCAUUUUCCUCCCAUUAAUUCAAAGAAGGCAGGUUACAUCAAGGGAAGCAUUAGUAGCACAAGGGAAAAAUCUGAUCCUCUUUACUUUGAACGUUUAGACUCGAGUUCAUCUGCUUUUUACGAGGAUGGAUCUUCCAUUUGGAGGAUGGAUGUGGAGAUUAUCAUGGCACUUAUAUCCAGCACACUGUCAUGCGUUUUUGUGGUACUACAAAUCUUUCAUGUGAAAAGGCACCCGGAUGUGCUUCCCUUCAUCUCCUUUUUCAUGCUAUCAAUUCUUACUUUUGGCCAGUUAAUACCUCUCGUGCUUAACUUUGAAGCCCUGUUCUUGAGAAAUCCAAGGAGGAACAUGUGGCUUGAAUCCGGACGAUGGGUCGAAGCAAAUGAGGUAAUUGUAAGAAUGACUGGAAUGGUAGCUUUGCUAUUACAAUUCCGUCUUCUACAAAAAAUAUGGUCAACAAAAUGGAGCACUGGGAAUCAAAGGGGCACUUGGGUUGUGGAGAAGAAAGUUCUCCUUGUAGCUUUACCAUUAUAUGUGACGGGCGCCUUAAUUGCUGUGGCGAUGAACUGGUGGGAUGAAGAUCAAGAUAAUCAUGACCCUGUGAUGUUUGCUGCUUCCCCUGUAACUUAUCGACCCCAUUCUCUUUGGGAGGACUUGAAAUCUUAUGCUGGUUUGGUCUUGGAUAGUUUUCUCUUGCCUCAAAUACUGCUCAACAUGUUCUGGAACUCAAGAAAGAGUGCUCUCUCUUGUUCAUUCUACAUCGGAAACACUUUUCUCCGGUUCCUACCACAUGCAUAUGAUGUUUACAGGGCCCACAACUAUGCUCCUUACUAUGCUGGGACAUACAUAUACGCAGAUCCUUCGGAUGGUUUUUACUCCACUGCUUGGGAUGUGAUUAUCCCACUUGGUGGUUUGACUUUUGCCUUGAUCGUUUACCUGCAGCAGCGGUUCGGUGGUUUGCUAGAGGGAUGGAAUUUAGGAGAUGAGAAGGUGCCAGUGAUUAGUGAUGCCUGAUUUGCCGAGAAUAUAUUUACACUUCAAAACAGUAGCCUAGCCCUCUACCUUAUUUA